UCAGGUUGCUUCUUAUACUCUAGAUCACGAAUCCGCAACAGAGUGUCAGUGACUCGGGCACAAAGCGAGCAAGGCAGAGAUCCGCAACAUCAUCUGCUUGGAAAGUGAAAACAUCACCCACAGCACGGUAGCCCCAGAGAAACAUGGCAUUUGCUGGGAUGUUGAGUGACGAGGACGUCAAAUCUGCAGUCCAAACUUGUCAAGCUCCAGGCACAUUUGACUUCAAGUUGUUCUUUGCACGAGUGGGACUGACUGGCUUGUCUGAGGCAGACAGGAAGAAAGUGUUUACUGUCCUGGACCAAGACAAGAGCGGAUUCAUUGAGGAAGAGGAGCUGAAAUUGUUCCUGCAGAACUUCUGUCCAGCUGCCAGAGAGCUCACAGUGGCCGAAACGAAGUCUUUGAUGGCAGCAGGGGAUAAAGACAGCGAUGGGAAAAUUGGGAUAGAAGAGUUCUGUGAUCUUUUGAACUGAAGAUGAAAAUACUCAAAAGGACCAAAUUCUGUACCUGCCUGCUAGUUUCUUAUUUGAUUUGUUAACACAUGAAAAAAGAUUGAAAGGCCUAACGUGGAUGUCUGCAUUGAAUCAAUCUGGUCUUCUGAAUGGAAUAAAAAAUUAAUUUCAGGUGUUCU